GAAUCAGUUGAAGUCUGGUUACGAACGGUGAAGGUGUUGGUGUCGCGUGGAGCUCUACAUAAGUAAAGCGUUCAACCCAAAAUUGGUGUCAUACAAAUCUCGAGAAAUCUGAAAAGAAUUAAAAAAAGCGAUAGGAAAAGCUGUCAAUAAAUCGAUUAAAUAACAAUUGGCUGAUAAAACCGAAAAACAAGAACAAAGAUUAAAAGUAAAUGUGCACCGCAAACUUUUAAAUAAACGACCCUUUUACGCUUAUUCAAAUAAAUAUCGGCAUGUGUUCGUUCAUACGAGUAUGCGUAAGGUAUAAUAAUAACCCUUCCUGUGAAUCGGUUCCUGUAGCUUUCAAAAACAAAUAAACUAUACUUUCUCAGUGAAAAAAAAAAACAAAAAAACACUUGUACUUUUACAUAAAUACAAUAUUAAUUAAGUUUAAUUUAAAAAGUGCCUGCUUAUAUGAGAAAAGGUGAAACAAUAAAAGUAUUAAAAUACAAAUAUAUGAAAUAAACAAGAGAAUAAAAAAAAAAAACAAACAAACCAGAAAACAGAUAAGCCCAAAAACGACUAAAAUAGAAAUCAAAUAAUUAUUAUUGUGUGUAUAAAAUGUAAAAACAACACAGACGUUACGAACGCUAUUAUCAGCUUAUCAGCGCAUAACAACAAAAAAGCUUUCAGCCGAAAAACGUGCAUUCACAGCAGACAAAAAUACAAAAAAAAAACAAAGUAAUUUGAGGCAUAAACAGCGUCAACAUUACAAAUACAUAUAGACGUACAUAAUCCGCAUAUAAAAAUAUAUUUCUACAUACAUACAUACAUACACAUGUAUGUAUGAAUGUGCAUUAAUUUUUGGUGCAGUGUUCCAUUUUCUUUUCGUUCCACACGCGACGUACAGUGGCAUACAAUUGAAACAAUUAUAGACAGGCAGGCAUUGUCUUUUUUAUUUGCUGUCAAUCAAUUACAGAACUUUAUCGAGAUAAAGUAAGCAGCAACUAACCGAGGUCUGUUAUGUAAAUUCUUCUGAUAAUUUGAAGAAGUACCUGCCCCUUUAGUAAGCAAACAUUUACUGAACAAUAAGUAUUUUCGAGAACCCCAGAAAAAAAAAGUGUUCAAAACAACGCAGAAAAUUGCUAAGCACUAAUCUCCAAUCAGAUUAGAUUAUUUAGCAACAGCCACUAACUACUAAGUCGUAGACUUUUUCUUAACGAUUUGACGCAGCAAACGUCGCGCUUCCAUCCAUCACGUAGCUGCAAUUACAAAUGAAUAACAAAAUCAAGAACAAAACCGUUACAGCUAAACGAUUACAACAAUAUCAACAACAACUGAAACAGUUACAACAACGCAGCGAAGAGUUGAGCUUCAUCAAUAUACGACGUGAAAUCUUCACCUUCAAGCGCCUGAACCACAACCCAGAUAAUCAUAGCCGCGGUAGCAUUACGAGUGGCAUAAGGCUGAAACAGUUGACAACAAAAACAACAUCAGCAGCAGCAACAACAACAACAGCACUAACCGAUUUGGCAACGUUGUACGAUAGCGAGUUAGAAACACCAGCAAAACAAUUGAGCUGAAAAAGUUAAAAUACUACUAGCAAGUAGCAAACAGCAAAAUUGCAGUCAACAGCUGCAACAAAGCAAAGAGAAAUCGGUGCAUCAACAACAGGCCAAAGCAAAGCAAGCGCUUGAUACCAAACCGGUUGCCGAUUUGCAAGGGAGCGGCGCGUGCUGGCAGUUGUUGCCGAAAUUUCAAUUGAAGAAAAGCGUCGCGGAAAAUUAGGUGAACCUAAAAAGUUGUGCGAAGUGGGCGCUGAAAAAGCAAUAAAGCGUGGAGUGGAACAACAGUCAGGCGCCGAUUGUCAAUAGAACGCCAAGGUAAAUAUACCGUUGCAACGAGUGCCAGCAGCGGGCGUAGAAAAGAAAAGCAAGGCGGAGAAAGACCACGUUUGAAGCGUUAAGUUUAAGCGGUGAGACGGGGGUUGACAGUAGAGGUGAGUGUUUGGUACUAUCAAACGGCUGUGAAGGAACGUGUUAGCGCGUGUCAAAAGCCCGCCAACGCUCAACAACUGGAAGUUACUUACCAGUGAAGAGCUCUAAAUGAAAAACAAUAAACAAUCCAACAAUCAAUAAUAAACGCAGUAAAAAGCAAACAAUAAAUAACCAAAGCAAAUAACAAAAGGUGUGUCCCAAUUGACCUCAACAGCAAAGCAAGAAAAAAGCCAAUGCAAUGCAUUAAAAACAAAGUUGAUUAAAAACGUAAAAUAAAAAUAAUCAAACAAGCGGCGAAAUCCGAAUGCGUGGAAAAGCGAAAAAAAUAAUAAUAAACAAAACGAAACCAAAACCAAAAUUGAAUCCGUACAUGGCAAAAGCAAGCGCCUAAAAUAUCACACUCCAACACAAAACUUAAGCACACACGAUUGUCAACCAACAAAGGCGAAUAAUAAAAACAAAUAGUACCGAAAAUAUACGCGCACGCUCCAUAUAAAUAGGUACUUAUACUUAUACAUUUUCGUAGCGGUCGCGUGCAAUCGAGUGUGCAUUGGCGCAUGCGCAUUUCUGUCAACACCAAGCAAGAGCCCGCCGCUACAAGUAGGCUCGCCCAAUUCGACUGCAUUUUGGCAUCGUUCAGCUGUGCUGCGUUCUCUGGCUGCUGCUGCUGCUGGUGCUCCACCUGAACCUGUUUUGUGGCCAUUAUUUAGCAGCAACAAGUCGUUGUUGAGCACCUCAAUUGUUGUUAAGGUUAACUGCCGAUUGCUGAUUGCAGUAAGACCGCACAAAACAGUUGUUGUUGUUGGUAGCCGUUCAGAUAGUAAACGUGUGGGCAUUGAUUGCUCUUUUCAAUUCUUCGACUUUUAUUUUGACCACUGAUCACCACCACUUUUAAGCAUCGAUGGUUGAUUACUACGCGGAUAUGGGACAAAUCGGACAAGAUUGUUCUAUACAAGGUUAUAAUAUGGAAGAUCUAGAACUGGAUCAGGUCACACAAGUGAUUACUUAUCAUCCUCGUUUCCUUGACCAUUUCCUGCGUACACAAAAUUUCAUUAUGGAUGGUGAUGGACCCCUGCCAUAUGAUUACCGCUACUAUUUGGCCAUAAUUGCUGCCGCGCGUCAUCAAUGUCCCUAUCUGGUGAAAAUGUACGAGAAGAAGUUCAUCAAUCAGGGCGGUAAGGCCGAGUGGUUAAAUGGCUUGGAUUAUAUCCCAUCUAAAUUACGUGCCAUAUAUGAUAUCAACAAAAUACUGGCGCAUCGGCCGUGGCUGCUGCGCACGGAGCACAUCGAGGGUCUCACAAAAGGCAAGAAUAGCUGGUCUCUGUCCGAGGUGGUGCACGCAAUGGUUCUGCUCUCACAUUUCCAUUCGCUCUCCUCAUUUGUAUUCUCCUGCGGCCUGACACAAAAACUAGACGGCUUGUCUAGUCCAAGGUUGAAGAAUGCGCCGGCAACGUUACCAGCUACCGCACAGCCGUUAACGACAGCACAGCAGAUGCCGCUGCCGACGUCGUUGCCGUCCGGUCCAAACGUUUUGGUGCAGCAGCAGCAGCACCACCACCAACAACAAAAGACUGUCCUGAGUGAGAUAACGAUCAAUAACAACAAUAACGUGCUUGAUCAUACCAACCACCAGCAAUACAAUAAUAAUUUGCAAAAUGUUAGCGGCAAUGCGUCCACGCCCACCGAUAUCACCAUGAACGGCGGUGGCGCCAACAAUGGCGUCACGAGACAUACUCCCACUUCUGGCUCCCCGCAACCCAAUGUGCCGGUGGAAGCGCUGGUCGAGCGCAUGAAAGUACUCUCACAGAAGCAGGAUGAAUGCAGCGAAGCAGAGCUGAGUAAUCGCUUCAAGAGUGUCGAAAUGCAAACCGCCGAACUGCCCGCCGCUGCUACCGAAGCCACCGUCGAAGUACCACCGAUCAUCUCGCACUACAUCGAGGAUCCCACUUUCACUUAUCAAGACUUCGCACGUCGAGGUGCCGAAAAUAUACCCUCCACCUUCCGCGUGCAGGACUACUCGUGGGACGAUCAUGGCUACUCGCUGGUUAAUGGUCUGUACAGCGAUGUGGGCACACUGUUGGACCAAAAAUUUCGUGCUGCAUACAAUCUGACGUACUUCACCAUGGGCGGUUACCGCAAUGUGGAUACGUCGAAGUUCCGACGAGCCAUUUGGAAUUACAUUCAAUGCAUCUAUGGGAUACGACAUGACGAUUACGAUUAUGGUGAAGUCAAUCAGGUCCACGUCAAUCUGAUGAUCAUGGAGGCGCGCAAUCAGGCCGAACUGCUCUAUGCGUUGCGCGAAAUUAUGCGCUAUAUGACAUGAUCUCAUUGCAAUUAAAAACACAGAUACAUACAUACAUAUUUAGUUACCAGCAAAUAAUAAAUCAAACAGUUAAAUGACGAAGAAAGAAGAAACAUAUUACAUACAUACAUAAAUAUAAACUAUACCUACAUACAUACAUACAUACAUACCUUAUGUGCAGUGUAGGUACACAAAACCCCACUAAACUAUACAAACUAGGUGCAUAUAAAGAAACAAAAUCAAUUAACCAAAAAAUAAAACCAAUUAAAUUUCAUUAAAAAGAAUAUAAAAUCAUACCAACACCAACCAACACAAUUAGUUAGUCGUAAACAAAUUGUUUUUUUAUAAAUUGAAAGUUCUUUGCUGAGACGAAGGCAAUCCAAAGCACAUAAAAAACGAAAACAACUUUAAUUAACCCUUACCGACUUGCUACACAUACACAUGUAACCAGACACACAUACAUACAUAUGUACACACA